UAAAUUGAACGUUGUCCGUCUUUUGAUGUUCCUGUAUGUAUGGUUCCAUGCGAUCAGGGGCCACUGGCUCCUCCCAUCACCAGAAAAGAUGGAGCCUCGUCUUGGUAUCAUGAAAGCUUUUCCUAAAGUCAAAAGGGCAAAAGUGCUGCAGGGAAAGGAUGCACCCCCACUGAAGAAGACAGCAGAUGACUGUGAUGUCACAGGAAACAUUUUUAAUGGAGUGACGGUAUACCUUCUGCCUGCUGGAAUAGGAAAUGCCAGAUGCCAGAUUUUCCAAAGACAAAUUCAGCAGAAUGGGGGACGAACGGAGAGUUCACUGAGUCCGGGUGUCACUCAUGUUGUUGUGGACGACAACAUGGACAGUGAAAGGGCUCUGCGCUUGCUGAAAGUAGAUUGUAUGCCCUCUGGAGUCCAACUGGUAAAAUGCACCUGGCUGAGCUUGUGCAUUAGUGGGAAACAGCUGCUAGAUAUAGCCAGCUACAGCCUUCUUUCACCCAAAAGUGACUCUGAAACAAAGCAUGAAGAAAUUAAAAAAGAGUCACUAAAUAUCAAACCUGCUGCAGAAACUGUGAUCGAGCCAGUGACUGAUCAAGAGGAGAACACAGAAAUGACAGUCCCAGACAGCAAAGAGGAAGUGCGGGGAGAAGAAGACGCCGUCUCUCAGAGUGAUCUGGAAGCUCUCAUCACUGGCCAGCACCCCAAAGAGGAGACCCCUGGCCCCAGCCUCUCCCUUGGUCCAGAUACUGCUGCUCAGAAGCCAGUAUCGGGGAAGUGGGUCUGUGCCCAGUCCUCUCAGUCCAAAAGUAAUAACUUCAACAAGCACAUCACAGACAAACUUGAAUUGCUGGCCAAGGCCUACACACAUCAGGGAGACAAGUGGAGAGCGCUGGGCUACUCCAAGGCUGUCAACGCACUGAAAAGCUACCAUAAACCCGUUACAUCAUAUCAGGAAGCUUGUCAGAUCCCAGGAAUAGGAAAACGCAUGGCUGACAAAAUUGAAGAGAUUAUGGAGAGCGGUCAUUUGCGGAAGCUUGAUCACAUUGGUGAGGCUGUGCCAGUGCUGGAGCUUUUCAUGAACAUCUGGGGUGCUGGGACUAAGACCGCACAACUGUGGUACCAACAGGGAUUUCGUACUUUGGACGAUAUUCGUACAAAAGCCCACCUGACAAACACUCAGAAAAUAGGACUCAAGCACUACAAUGACUUCCUAGACCGAAUGCCCAGAGAAGAAGCAGGAGCCAUAGAAAAAGUGGUGAGGGAUGCUGCACAAGCCAUCGACCCUGGCCUGGUGGCAAUAGCAUGUGGCUCCUAUCGUCGGGGAAAAGCCACAUGUGGAGAUGUUGAUGUACUUAUAUCUCACCCUGAUGGCAAGUCCCACAGGGGCAUUUUUACUAAAGUCUUACAGACACUCCGUGACAGUGGGUUUUUAACCGAUGACCUGGUGAGCCACGAGGAGAACGGUGAGCAGAAGAAAUACAUGGGUGUGUGCCGUUUGGCGGGGCAUGGCCAACGCCAUCGCAGGCUGGAUAUCAUCAUAGUGCCCUACAAUGAGUUUGCUUGUGCUCUGAUGUAUUUCACUGGGUCGGCACACUUUAACCGCUCAAUGAGAGCCUUGGCAAAGACAAAAAGAAUGAGCUUAUCAGAGCACUCACUGAACAAAGACGUGGUACGUCAAGGCAGCGUGAAGGUGCAUGGUGGCACUCCACUUCCCACACUGACAGAGAAGGAUGUUUUUAGCCUUUUAGGCAUACCCUACAGAGAGCCCCAUGAAAGGGACUGGUGAUGAUUUGACAAUUAGCUUUGGGUUUUAUAGAAAAAUAAUUAUGAUGAUAAGGAAUAAUGAUUAUUAGACUCAAUUCUAAUUAUAUUUUACAGGUCCUUAGAUUAUACAAGAGCCCUAUUUGAGUUGAAUGCUAAUUUAUAUUUUGCAAAUUUUAGUCCAAACUUAUAAAAAGCUAAAGCUUGUUUGUUGCCUGUGUUUACCUCCAAAAUGUCUGUGGCUACUGCACAAAAUGGAAUAUUCUUGCAGAUAGCUUACAUAUAUGGCUUUUUUAUUCUGCAGGACCAGUAGCAAGAAAAGUUUGUCUGUCCAUUUUCUUAACUGCUUAUCUAGUUCUGGAUCACAGGUGGGCUAAAGCUUGUUACAGCUGACAUAGGACAAGAGGCAGGGUAUACCCUCCACAAAUGGCCAGUCUGUCACAGACCUGCACAGACAGACAAUCAUUCAUACUUUAAGCCAAUUUAGAAUUGCUAAUUAAGAUAAUAUACAAGUCUUUGAACUGUGGGAGGACUAUCUGGAGGAAACCCACACAGGGACUGAGAUCUUGCAAACUGCACAUGGAAAAGUCUCUGUUGGCUGUCGGGUUUGAACCGGGAGUAUUUUUGGUGUGAGGUGACAGUGGUAACUUAAGUGUGAAAUUUAAACAACAACGGUGAUCUAAUACUGGCAGAAGAGGUUUUAGAGGCUAGUAAAUUCUGAAAAAAAUGUGGGAUAGGUGCCACUAAGCAAGUGAAUUGACCUUCAGUUCAUGUCAGGAGGAUGUUGAAUGUUUGAAGAAACUUUUUUUUUUAAAGAUUACAGAUUAUAACGGAAUGUAAUAAAAGAUUACACGACU